CAGCUCCGCCUGCGUCCCGAGGCCCCCGGUCCACCGAGAGAGACACGGGACAGACGCUGCUGAGACCUAACGAGCCAGGUUAUGAAACGAUGGAUGAGUGACAAAUAAGAAAUAUUGACAUUACUAUUCCAGGAGCAGAAAGUCUCUUCACUUUUUAUUCCUCUCCGGUUUUUCUUUUUGGUUCGAGAUCUUUUCUCCUUCGUUCUUGGGCAAAAGGAGGAAAAUCCUCGUCUGGAUUUUUCCCCCGAAAUCUUCAAACUCUGCGACGGAUUUUAUAUUUAUUUUUUUAAUUAGUUUUUUAAAGAAAUAGAUUUUUCCCUCAAAAGUGUCAGAGAUACGACUUUCAUCCUCCAGAGGUUUGUGUUGGGGAUGUUGAGCUCUGUGAAGAUGGAAACCCAUGAUCUGCCAGAGUGGAAUACUUUCUACAGCGAGGCCAGCGAGAUGUAUUCCUCUCCCAGCACCAUGAACUCAGGUCUGGGCUCCAUGGGCUCCAUGGGCUCCAUCAACAGCUACAUCAACCUGAACCCAGCCACCGCCUCCCCCGCAGGCAUGAACAUGGCGUACCCCAGCUCCAGCCUCAGCAACUCCCCGCUGGCUUCCAUGGGAGCCGGGCCCGGCCACAUGUCCCUCUCCCCGGUGGCCUCUUCCCUCAGCACGAGCUCUCUGGGUCAGCUGGGCCCCGGAUCCAGCUCCCUGGGCUCCUUGUCCCACUACCAGAACAUGGGCCAGUCCAUGAGCCAGCUGGGAUACCCCUCGACUGGGUCCCUGAGCCGGGCCGGGCCCAAGGAGACUCCCCCAAAGCCCUACCGGCGUUCACUGACCCACGCCAAGCCGCCAUACUCGUACAUCUCCCUCAUCACCAUGGCCAUCCAGCAGAGCGGCAGCAAGAUGCUCACCCUGAACGAGAUCUACCAGUGGAUCAUGGACCUGUUUCCCUACUACCGCGAGAACCAGCAGCGCUGGCAGAACUCCAUCCGCCACUCGCUCUCCUUCAACGACUGCUUUGUGAAGGUGGCUCGCUCGCCAGACAAGCCGGGCAAAGGCUCCUACUGGACUCUGCACCCACAGUCAGGCAACAUGUUCGAGAACGGCUGCUACCUGAGGCGCCAGAAGCGUUUCAAGAUCGAGGACAAGUUGGCAAAGAAAGGAGGCAAGAGCCAGGAGGGGGGCUCCGGGAAAGGAGGCCACAGUGGAGAUCACCUGGGGGAGGAUCACAGCCCCACAGGAGGAUCCGAGGGAGCUGACUCCGCUCACUCAGACAACUCCCACCCGGGCUCCUCAGACGACCAGCCGCACCCCCGAGGCUCCCUGAUUCCACUAGACUGCCCUGUGCUGUCCUCACACCUCCACAGCCCACCGAUCUCCCUGCCUCCCUCCUCUUCCACCUCCUCUUCCAUCCCUCCAUCCUCCAUGUCCCUCUCUGGCACCUCCUCGGCCUCCUCCAACCCGCUCCUCCACUCCCAUUCCUUAGUGGGUGGCCCCCACCUCCUGCCCAGCGCCAUGCAGCAGCACAUGGACCUACAGAGCGACGCCCUCAAGUCCCUGGACCCCCACUACAACUUCAACCACCCCUUCUCCAUCACCAACCUCAUGUCCAACGAGCAGAAGAUGGACCUCAAGUCCUACCAGGACCAGGUGAUGGCCUACAACAGCUACACUGGAGCCACUCCUGUGGGAGCCAAGCAGAUCUACGACAGCCCCGGGCCGGUGGCCAUGGACUCAAGUGCUUAUUACCAAACUCUGUACAGCCGCUCGGUGCUCAACGCCUCCUAAUGUGGACACACACACCUGCUGAGCCAAGAUGGAGACUUCUCUUUUAGCUCUGCCUUUUCUAAAAUGGACACCCCAGCUCUCUUUAUUUUCCUCUUCCUUUCUCUCUCCCUCUCUGGCGCUCGUCCAGCGGCCUUGAAAGAGACUCACAUCUAAAAUGGCCGCCGUGUUUGAGGGACCAAAGAACAUUUUUUGGUUUUUGGGGGGGGGGGUCUUUUACCAGCUUCUGAUGAACGUGGACACAUGGGUUUGGUUACAUGGAGGAAAGAGAAGUGAAGCUGGACGUUGAGAAGUCUGAACUGACGAUGAAGACAUUUGACCCGUCUGUGUGCUCAGUCGUCUCAGGAGCUCGGUGCUCGGCUAAAUUGGCUUUGUACAAAA